GUUAGUUACGCUCCAAACACACAUCGCUUCUGAACGAACGCGGCGUCUUGCUGACGAGCAUAUCGCGAUUAUUUGACACUGUAAAUUAGUUUUGAUCAAAUAACUUUUUUUUUGCUAAAAAAGUGUCUAUUUGAAGUUGAAAUUCUUUAAUUUUUUGCGCAUUUACAUAAGAUAGUUGCAGCAAAAUGUCGGUAACAAGUGCAAAAGUGAGCAAUGCGGGAGUGGCGCAGUCAGCGUCGCGAAAAGCGCCCUUCUCCAUUUGGCUGCAGAUACAAAGUCUCCUAAACACUAUCAAUCACAUUUUGAUCGCACUAAUUGGCAUUUACAUCACCGCCUUGGGACGCAGUCUGGACUUCCAAAACACCGCUAUGCAUGCCUUCUUAACCACUAUUGGGUUCCACGUCUUAAUGGCCGAGGCGCUCAUGUCACAUUAUCCAAUCAACUUCGUAACGAAUCGUUUCGCACACCGCACUAAAUCAAAAAUUCACGGUGUCCUACAAUUGGUGGGCGGCGCAAUGGCUUUGCUGGGCGCGCUUGGUAAAAUCUCGCAGACGGAAGUGCACUUCACCACGUUGCAUGGCAAAAUAGGUCUUGCUGCCACAUUCUUCUGCUUCGCCAGCAUUACCGGCGGCAUUGUCAACUAUUUCCAACCGAGUUUCGUGCACAAAUUCUAUACACCGGCGGUGGUGAAAUGCAGGCACAACUUCUUCGGUAUGGUCACCUUCACGCUGGGCAUGCUGGCCAUACUCAUCGGUUAUCGCACAAAGUUCACCUAUAAAUAUGUGGAUCCCGAAUUUAUUGCCGCCUUAAGUUUGGCGACGCUUUUGGUGUAUAUUCUGACAAUGAUUGCGCCGAUGCGCUCAUUUCUAGAUAAACUUAAAUAUAGGAAGCAGCAUCGCAAAUAAGUAUGUAUGUAUGAAUGCUAGUAGUUUAUUUAAGGGUAAUUAGUAGAUCCUUUCCAACAAAUUUUCGAGAAAUUUCGAAAGAAAUCGACUU